AUGACCACCAGGUGGCGGAAGGGCACCAGAGAAAAGCACAGAAAUCGGCGGCGGGUGGGGGCCUUCCUCAUUCAGAGCAAUUCUCUUUGGCAAGACGAGAAGAUUAUGGACCACGACCGGCAUCGUCCUGGGACACAGCAGGAACCUGAGCGAACCAGGACGCGAUUUCCUGGCUGCGCUCCCGGGAAGGAGGUUUGUGCUGGGUCCCAUCCCCCGGCCGGUCCAGCUCAGGAAACGCGGAGAGAAAGCCAGGAACCAGGCCUGCCGGGCCCCGCGGCCCCUCCGCGCCUCCCCCCUCGGCUGCCCCGGACUGCAGGAAGCCGGCCGGCGGGAACGCCCUGCUCGGCGGGUGGGAACGGCCUCGCCGGCUUCCCAGGCCCGCGGCGGCGCGGAGCUGUCACUGCGGCAGGCACGCCGCCUCCCCCGCCGCCCGCGCUCUCGCUGCAGUCGGUCCAUCAGGACCACAGCGAAGCGCCGCAGCCCCGGUCCCGGCGCCCGAGCCGAGCGGCCAGAGUCCCGAGGGCGCCAGCGCCGACCCGGCACGCAGCCCACGUUGCGGGGGGCCGGACUGGGAAGGGAGAGGUGGCCGAGCCUUUCUUUGCGGAGUCCCGGGAGCCGGAGGAGGCGCCGGCUGUGGAGAGCUCAGCGCCGGAGCCCGUGGCGGGCGGGAGUGCGGGCCGGAGCCGCUGA